CGAAUUCGAUACUGGAGGAUAUAUAUAGAGUGAGAGACUGAGAGCCAAACUUAAUCACAACUUAGAACUUGAGCAGAAAAUUAAGUAAAUCCGCAACAGCCAUGAGACUUGUUCUAGUUUUUGCAGCUUUCGUUUCAGUUGUUGCCUCCACAGAGUGGACUCAGCAGCCAUUUUCAUGCGAUCCUGCUGACCAAAAAACAAAGUCGCUGGGCUUUUGCCAAACCAACCUCUCAAUCAGCGCCCGAGCCGCCGACCUCGUCUCUCGCUUCACUCUAGAUGAGAAGAUCGCCCAGCUUGUGAGCUCUGCCCCGGCCAUUCCACGCCUCAGCAUCCCCGCCUACCAGUGGUGGUCUGAAGCUUUGCACGGAGUCGCCUACUCCAGAGGCACUCCCCUCAAUGGCACAAUCACCACAGCCACCAGCUUCCCCCAAGUCAUCCUCGCCGCAGCUUCCUUCAAUGAACACCUCUGGUACCGCAUUGGACAGGUUAUUGGGGUGGAGGCCAGGGCGAUUUACAAUGCAGGGGAAUCAAGAGGUCUGACCCUCUGGGCUCCAAAUAUUAACAUCUUCAGGGACCCAAGAUGGGGGAGGGGUCAAGAAACCCCCGGCGAGGACCCAACCGUGACCGGAAAGUACGCUGUCGCAUUUGUCCGGGGAGUGCAAGGCGAUACCUUUCUCGGUGGAAAGAAAAACUUGAAUCACCUUCAGGCAUCUGCUUGCUGUAAACACUUCACAGCGUAUGACAUGGAGAACUGGCAUGGAAACUAUCGAUAUGGAUUCAAUGCUAUUGUGACAAAACAGGAUUUGGCUGACACAUAUCAGCCACCAUUCAAGAAGUGCAUACAAGAAGCUCGUGCCAGUGGGUUAAUGUGUGGUUAUAACAGUGUCAACGGGAUCCCAAGUUGUGCCGAUCACAAUCUCCUAACCAUUGUUGCUCGUCACCAGUGGGGUUUUCAGGGGUACAUUGCAUCAGAUUGUGAUGCAGUGAAAAAUGUUUUUCGAGACCACAACUACACAAAAACAGAAGAAGAAACGGUUGCGGAUGUACUCCAUGCAGGGAUGGAUGUGAACUGCGGUUCCUUCUUGAGCACCUAUACCAGAUCCGCAGUUGACAAGGGAAUUGUUUCCGAGUCAACAAUCGAUAGGGCUCUUCACAACUUGUUUUCUAUUCGUAUCCGAUUGGGGUUGUUUAAUGGGAGCCCUAAAAAUCUCCCUUAUGGAAACAUAUCCCGAGACAAAAUAUGCUCUCUUGAGCAUCAGAAGCUUGCCCUUGAAGUAGCAAAAUAAGGGAUCGUGUUACUAAAGAACACCGGUGACCUGCUUCCCCUUGCCAUUGAGCGCAAAACAACAACAGUGGCUGUGAUAGGUCCGAACGCUAACAACUCGGACGUUCUUAAGGGGAACUAUCACGGCCCCGGAUGCAAAUCUGUGGACAUAUUGACAGCCUUGCAAAGUUAUGUGAGGACUUCCUUUCAUCCGGGAUGCAAUGCUGUCAACUGUACUUCCACAAUGGAUGAAGCGCUACAAUUGGCUGAAGUGGCAGACCAUGUGAUCAUGGUGAUGGGCCUGGACCAAAGCGAAGAAAGUGAAGAUUUGGACCGCACAGAUUUGGUUCUCCCCGGGCUGCAGGAGCGUCUCGUAACUGCCGUGGCUGAUGCGGCAAGGAGACCUAUCGUACUAGUUCUAGUCUCUGGCAGUCCAGUUGAUAUCACAUUUGCAAAAGUGAAUAACAAAGUUGGCAGCAUAUUGUGGGCUGGAUAUCCUGGAGAAGCAGGAGGCAGUGCUCUGGCACAUACCAUUUUUGGAAGGAAUUACCAAAAGACGGGAGUUUCCCGUCUGACAUUCCAAAAAACGGGACUGACAAUUAGGUUACCAAAUAACGCUAGUCGGAAUUGGGAAAUCCGACUAGAGAGUAGGGUUUUAAAUAAAGGGUUUAACCUAGUCGGAAUUGGGGAAUCCGACUAGGGUUUUGGGAUUUUUUUUAAAUGUUUCGUGGUGAGGGAUUUAAGAUUUUAAAAAAUAAUAUCAAACACCUAGUCGGAAUUCCGGGAUCCGACUAGGUAAUUUUAAAAAAAAAAAUAAUUUGAACACCUAGUCGGAAUUGGGGAAUCCGACUAGGGUAUUUUUAAAAAAAAAUUGCAUUUUCUUCCUUCUUAAAUCGGACUCUAAUUUUUAAAAAAUACCAACUACCUAGUCGGAAUUGGCUAAUCCGACUAGGAUAUUUUUUAAAAAAAAAAAUGGAUUCUUUCCUUUAAUUAAUGGGAUUGUAAUUUAAAAAAAAAAAUGCCUUGUCGGAAUAGGGAAAUCCGACCAGAAUAUUGAUUUAAAAAAAAAAAUUGGAUUUCUUCGCAGUAUAAUUUAAAAUAAGAAUCCAAUACUGUACGUACGUCGGAAUUGGGGAAUCCGACCAGGGGUAGGAGACGUGUUUAGUUUUGGUUCGAGUAUUUCACCAAACUCCUAUCUUAAUAACUCUAUAAAAACCGUUUAUUUCUUUUCAAAAUUUACAAACACACUCCAAAAACACUUCUUUCUUUCUUAACAUACCAUCCGCACAUACCAUAUUCACCCAAAAACACUUUAAUAUAUUCAUAAUUUUUUUUGUUUAGCAUUCCCCUCUCAUAUUAUAUUUAUAAUAUAUACCAUAUAUAAAAAUGUCUAGCGAGGGCAAUAUUGUUGUUAUGGUUCAUUGGAAUGGCUCUACAUCUCAAAAAGAUGAUGAAAUAGAGUACUCCAUACCUCCUAGGGCGGUACUAUGGGUUAGUGAAGGAGAUGAUUAUACUACUAUACAUGAGAAAGUUCUAAAUCAUGUUAGAGGCGACGGAUUUUCCGAAAUUAAAUUAAUUCACGGAAAAUUGCCAAAGUAUAAGAAUUCAGUAUAUGUUGCUUCUAGAUUAUGGCCCAUUCACGAUGAGCGGACAUGGCGUCAUUUUUUCCGGAUCGCUACAAAUGAGUAUGAGGAGUUGCACAUUUACGUGGAAGCUUCAGCGACCCCGCCACAAAAUUUGGAGUUCCACGGAAUUCCCGGAGAGGAAGGCCCAUCAUCAAUAUAUGGUCGGAGGAACAACCGCCAAACGUUUCAGAACUAUGAAUCUCCCGACUCAGGUGAAGAGUCGGACGACCCAGAUUAUGAACAAGGUUUUUGUGGUGAUGUGGAUUCAUCCACGAGGGAUGAUGCAGACGAUGAAGUAGACACCACCUGGGGCAAUUUAGAGCUACCCGAAGAAUCAUAUGAGCUAGAUUCUGAGCCUGAAAGGAUCGAAAUCGGCGCAGUUUACCCGUCAUAUGAUGCACCCAAAGAAGCGGUGGCGAGAGAAAACAUUCGUCAGUUUCGUCAAUUCCAAUCGGUUGACAAAAGGGCACGGUCCUGGAAGGCGGUUUGCAUAAACCCGACCAUUUGCACUUGGCAUAUCCAAGCAGCAGCAGGUAUGACUUCAACAAAGUGGAAAGUCAAAAAAUAUCAACCCCAUCACAGUUGUAGGGAGGAUCCUGUCACGGCUCGGGAUGAUCAGAUAAAAUUAAACAGAUAAAAUUAAUCAGAUAAAAUUUAACAAGAUAAUUUCAAUAAGAUAAAAUGUAUUCAGAUAAAUAUAACCAGAUAAAUUUUAUCAGAUAAAAUUUAAUAAGAUAAUUUGAAAAAGAUGAAAUUUCAUCACAUAAAUAUAAUCAGAUAAAUUUUAUCAGAUAAAGUUUAAUAAGAUAAAUUCAAUAAGAUCAAAUUUCAUCAGAUAAAUAUAAUCAGAUAAAUUUUAUCAGAUAAAAUUUAAGGUGUCGGCAACCUUAAAUAUUCAAUACACUUUAUUUCUACCUAACUCAACCGACUAGAGAAACACAUUUCUUUCAAUCCUAAUCCUAUCCGUUCGUUCGGCCUAACCGGAGACACAUACUUUCCAUCUUCCAUUCGGUGAGGUCGGCAUUAGUCUACAAGAUGUGGCGGUGAUCCUUGGUUUGCCCAUUCGGGGUAUGCCCCUCAGUGGUCCAACCAUUAGGGGUAAGGAUCAGUGGAUCGACCUGUGCACUCAGUCGUGUGGUUUCACUCCUCUACAGACUGAUAUGCGCACGAGUGAUAUCACUAUGAGUGCUGUUACCCGUCACCGGAUCGUAGAUGACAGUACAGACGAAGAGGUCACCCAACACACCAGGACUCUAAUAUGGCAAUUGCUUGGAGGGUUUUUGUUCCCUGACACGAGUGGGGCAAGAAUACGAUUGUACUUUUUGGAGGUCUUGCAGGGUGACUUGGCUUUAGCCCGUCGCUGGAGUUGGGGAUCAGCGGUUCUCGGGUACCUCUACCAUAACUUGUGCAACGGCGCGAUGUGGGAAACCAAACAAGUUGGCGGUUGUAUGCACUUGUUACAUAUUUGGGCUUGGUCGAGGAUUUCGAUGGUCCGUCCCUCAGCACUUCAGGUCAUUCAACAUGGCCAUCUUCCAUAUGGGUGCAAGUGGAUCGUCCCCAAGUCAUAUAAGGGAUCCCCAAGACAUUGCAUACGCUUGUACCGGGAUGACCUAGACCGCAUGACUGAGAGUCAGUUUGAUUUCACUCCCUACGCGUCCGAGAUGCUCCUGCCUCUCAUCCUUAAUGAUGCUCCGCUUUGGUCGGCUAGAGUCAUGCUCAUAUUUUGCAAUAUGGCCGAAAUGCAUUACCCGGAUCGAUUCCUUCGGCAGUUCGGUAUAAGGCAAGACAUUCCGAAUGCUCCUUUGCCGGGUACUGAUCAUCACGGAUCUCGUUCCAACAUAGUGAUCGGUGCCUUGACGAUGUGGGCGGACAUACAACAUAAUAUAUACGUUCUUGAUUAUGAUCGAUAUAUGUCCCUCGAAGCAACUCAAAGGUACCGAAACUGGUACAAGAAGCAUGGUAUGACACGUGUCCAGAACCCUUCUCACAAUGUGCCCACGACAGGCUACACCCCAACAGCACACGAUUGGGGUAUUGUGAAGCAAGGCGUUCACGAGGUGUAUCAGCUCUUAGCCGACCGCGCGAGUUAUGAGGAUUGUCAAAAACGAUUACGGCAGAUGGCCGUGGAUGUAGGUGAUGAAGAUAUGCUCCACCGGGGAAUAUUCCACUAUGAAGAUUGUGACACCUCGAAAAUUAUUAUCAAAUAAAAAUAAAUAAUGUUCCUAGUCAGAUAAAUUAUCACAAAAGUGAAAUUUUAAUAAUCAAGUGAAAUAAAGAAACUUUCAAAAUUUAAGACGUUGUAGUCAGAUAAAAACAUUGCAAUGAUGGAAGUAACAUUUUACGAUAAUUAUGAAAGUGAUAAUUUUUGAAACAGAUAAUGGUUACACGUAUGACAAAAAUAUUAAAAGUGACAAUUAUCUUUUCAAAAGUAUUGGUUAAUAACUUAAUAUAAUAUAUGAAAAUACUUCAAAUACACACAAAAGUAAAAAGUUAGAGUCAAACUUUUCACACCCAAAUGUGCUUGUACUAAUGUAUACGGGUACAUAAUAAUUCAUGCGAAGUAAUAUUAGUAAUACUCCUAAUAACUCUACGUAUCAAUUUUUGUUUUCUUUCUUUGUUUUGUUUCUGCACGAUAUUUGUGCAGGUGAUGAUGGUUAUGUUGACUGCUGAAUGCAUGCGCCUGAGAGCGAGUUAGAAGUUGCCUUAGUUAAAUUUAGUCUUGGAAUAAACAUUUAUUUAUUUAGUUUUAUUGUUUUGUUUUAGUUGCCUGUGCAUCCGGUUGAGAGAUGACCGGAUGUGGCGGUAACACCCAUUUCCCUAUUUAGACUUCCGUUGUACUCUUUAAAUUUUAUUAUCAAUAAAUAAAAGUUUUAUUUCAAUCAUAUCAAUGUUUUUGGGCGGGAAAUUUGGGGGUGUUACAAAGAUGAAGAUGCAGGUGGAAGUGACGAAGAGGAUGAUUCACAUGAACGUGAAGAUGGGGGUGAGGAUUCACAAGCGCCCCCUCAAUUCUCAACACAGGGUGUCUCAUUUGAUCAACCACCCCCUCAAUUCUCAACGCAUCAAGGUGGGUCAUUUGAUCAACCACCGCCGUGUUAUGAUUCUUAUCAGUGGUCCAUACAACCUGAUGAUUAUGUUGAGUCAUUUCUGAAUUCGUCUUUUUACUAUGGAGACACAACGGGGGCUUGGAACACUGGCGGUGGGGACGGAGCAGGGCCGAG